AUGAAACCAUACUGGAUCCUUCUCGUAUGCUUAUGCGUGUCGUCCAGUUCCGUUUUAGGACGAACUCGAACAAUCCGAAAUCUAUACGGACAACGGUGCUCCAACAGACUGGAAACUGCGUUAGACACAACGCUUCGUCGUAGCCAGCAACGUUCAGGUUCUAGUUCUAUUAUAGAUUUCUCGGAUAGUGGACCACAAAGACAAUCGCUUUUUGGGGCGGGUGCUCAGCGAUCACCUUUCAGCACCGCCAGUAACAGCAACUUUGAUGACGACAUUCAACAAAUUGUGACGGAUUACAAGCAAAAGUAUGGUGGACCUGGAAAUGCCGUUCCUCCCGGACUGCCAUUUUACGCAACGACUGUCCCACCGAAUCUGCUCUCUGCGGCGCAAGUUGAGGUGGCUAACUUGAAGGUUAGAAUCCCUCAGAAUCACCAGUGGGUCGUGGUCGAUCGGUGUCAGUUCAUCGAGCAUAAUCGCACGCUAGAUACGAAACUGGAGUUUCCUGAUCUACAGAUCAGUGGACGCGUGAUAAUGCAUCCUUCGGGAGGACGUUGCGAUAUGAUACUGCGAUUGCGACGAGCGGGCAUCGAGUUUCGGACCAUUCCAUUGUUGCCUUCUGGGAUAGGCGAGCGUAGCAGACAGGCCAAUGUUCGCACCGAUUCUCACUUCUCUGAACCAGGAUUCAUUUCCGUGUUCGCGCAUAGCUGCGAGGGACCGACCGGAAUCAAGUAUCGUAUCAAUUCGAAACGACGCCAUUUUCUAAAUCGUCAACCAACAGGAUCGUCCUACUACGGACAUGAUCGGAGAAGAUCACUAGAUUACGUGGACGAUGAUCUUAUGGGCAACGACGGUAAGGGCGAUAUUCUGAAGCUGAACGAUGGUGACUCCCUGUUCCUAUCACCCUCAACGCUUGUCGAUAUUGAAGGCGAUCGUGGCGAUUUGGAGCAGGAACCAUCGGACGAGAUUGAUCCACACAGUAGAACGUUCUUUGCGGAGCGUAAUCCUUUCUCAUACUCUUCGUAUGGAGCACCCAACGGGAAUGCUGGAUAUGGUUACGGGAUAACUCCACCAACACCGGACAAAGGCUGGCAAAAUGUGGAAACCAACGAGGCGCUCGACGAUGCGUAUUCGAAUGAAAUUGAUAACUUAUUCUCCAAAGUCGUACGAGGUCUUCUGACGACUUACAUGCAAAAGGCACUACAGCCGGCAAUAAAGGAAACCUUAAUGGAAAGCAUGGGUUACACAUUGUCGUACGGUUAA